AUGCAUCCAGCCCUCGCCAUACCUGAAAUUAUCGCCGGGAUCUUCUUCUAUAUACCUAUGACGGCGAAAGAGAGACCCGAUGAUUGGCCCCCCUACGCUUCCCCCUACGUCAAGAAAUCCCAUCUUCCAGCACUUGCCAAAGUUUGCAAAGCGUUCAGAUCUCCUGCGCUUGACUUCAUCUGGGAGUCUUUAUGGGGCCUUGAGAAGUUACUUGAGCUUUUGCCCAAGCAUGCGCUAGUACGGGAUAACCGCGGCCGUAUCGUCGAUAUCGGUGUCCUCUCGCACGACGACUGGUUUGCCAUCUUUAAUCACACGUCUCGUGUGCGCAAUCUCAAUCUCAUUAUGUCGGUUGACCCAUCCCCGCCGUAUAUGCUCCCUUUCAUCACUCGCCUCGCCUCUCCCCCACUCACCGUUGGUACCUGCGGCUUCCCCAGACUUCGGAACCUUUGUCUCCGAGGUUCCGAUUUGAAUCUCCUCGGCUUCCUUCCUCUGUGCUCUCUUGAAGGCCUCUAUCUGAGCGUCACUGAAUAUACGCCGAUGGAUCCUGCUCAGAUAGCCACGCUCCGCCGGGAUGCACUUCCGAACCUCACAAAACUCAAGCUAAGUCACAAAUGGUCAGGAAGUGCAUCAGUUUCCGGUAUUGCCGUCCCUACUAACCCACGCGAACCUCCAGUGACCUUAGGCACGCUUCGUCUGCUUACAUCAUUCGCGGCGUUGGAACAUCUCAAGCUUGAUCUACCCCAUCCCAUUGUACUGACAGACGCCGACCUCGAAUGCAUCGCUCGCGCAUGGCCUAGGCUGAAGACAUUUGAGCUCAACCGGAGAUGUGGUUGGGGGAUUCCACACUCGUUGAUUACAGUUGAUGGGCUCAUUGCAGUCGCGCGUUACUGCCCACACAUAACCUCACUCGCGGUUACUAUCAACUCCGGGUCAAUCGGAGAGCCGAAAGACGUGCCUCCCUACUGGGCUGCUCACCAAGCGAGGUGGUACGAGGAAGGGGAGACCUCCCUGGGACGAAAUACCUCGCUCACGCAUCUCGCUCUUAUCUCCCCUAUCGUUCCUAGCUGCGUCGCUCUCGGGCUUCUGCUGGCAAGUCUUUUCAAGAACGUCACUGAUUUGGAGGCGCAGGACGCGGACGUUGGCCGCGGACUCAAAGAGGUACGGAAGAGGGCGAAGCGUGUUGAGUCAGAGGGUGCGUUUGGCCCGCAGGGAUUCGUACCUAGCGCGCGGAACUUUUACAUUAUGGGAAAGGGACUGGGAGAGAGGAUGGAUGUUGAGUUACGACCCUGUGGAUCGUUGGAGUAUCGGGUCUGA